AUGGCAGCUCCCACCACACCCGGCGUCUACGUCAAUUCCAUGGGGAAGAAGACCUUCAUACCGUUGGAAAACAAUGCCGAAGUGUUCACCGAUCUCAUCAAGAGGCUCGGCGUAUCCUCUGAGGUCGGCUUCUACGACGUCUACAGUCUGGACGAUGUCGACUUACUCAGCAUGGUACCUAGACCCGUGCACGCCCUCAUCUUCAUCGCCCCAGCUCCAGUCUACUACAAGACGCGCGCGGCAUAUGAUGGAUACGACGGGCACAAGAAGAUCACAUAUGAUGCCAGUGGCAAGGACGAACCGGUAAUUUGGUUCAAGCAGACCAUUGGUCAUGCCUGCGGUCUGUAUUCCCUCGUCCAUGCCAUUGGCAAUGGUUCGUCCAAGGACUACAUCAUCGACGGAUCUCUCAUUGACAGACUGCUGAAAGAGGCCGUGCCACUGAAGCGCAUCGAGCGUGCCAAGGUGCUGUACAAUAGCAAAGAUCUUGAAGAGGCCCACAUGGCUUCUGCUGUCAAGGGAGACUCUGUCGCGCCAUCUGCCGAGGAGCCAGUGGGGUUUCACUUCAUCACGUUCACGAAGGGUAACGAUGGCCAUCUGUGGGAGCUCGAGGGAAGCUGGGAUCCAAUUGAUCGUGGAGCUCUCGACGAGUCAGAGGAUAUGCUGAGCGCGCGCGCGAUUGAGCUGGGCGUAGGUCGUUUUGUGAAGAUGGCCGAGGGCAAUAUCGAAUUCAGCAUUGUAGCCUUGGCAACGCGUGCGGAGGAUUAA